AUGUCCGAAUGCACUCAUGAUACCACAGGAGCUGAGACAGAACAAGUAUUUUCAGAGUUGCAGAAACGCAAAAUGGAGGGGGAUGUCGUGACGUUGGAUGCUGGUGAUCCUCAAACCCCAAUCAAAACAUUAAUGAUUGACAGUGAUUUGCCAAAUGGCAAGAUCAAACAUAGAGUCAACGAAAAUGGGUUGGUGUCGCAUAUACUCACAACCGAAAGUCCCAGAUUGACCGAGAAUUGCGAUGCACCCGAGGAAGUGGAAGUGUGUUCCUCUUGCGAAAGUGAAAAUACGAUUGAUACACCACUGACUGAACGAAGCAGUAUUGACUGUGCUGGUCUUGGAAGUGACGCAGAGUCGUCGUUGUGUGAAGCCGUGCAACACUUAGGGAUAUAUGCACCGGGAGGAAGUGAUAUAAAAGAAGGAAUAGAGUACAUAGUGUACAAGUCAGAAUUACAAAUGCCUGAUAUCAUGAGACUGAUAACUAAAGACUUGUCGGAACCAUACUCCAUUUAUACGUACAGAUACUUCAUUCACAACUGGCCAAAAUUGUGCUUCCUUGCUAUGGAUGGAGCCAGAUGUGUUGGAGCCAUAGUUUGUAAAUUAGAUAUGCACAAGAAAAUGGUACGAAGAGGAUACAUAGCAAUGUUAGCUGUAGAUUCUGAUUACAGAAGGAAAAGAAUCGGUUCUCAUCUUGUCCGUAAGGCAAUCAGAGCUAUGAUACUAGAUGACUGUGAUGAGGUUGUUCUUGAAACAGAAAUAACCAACAAAGCAGCCUUGCGUCUGUAUGAAAAUCUAGGAUUUGUACGCGACAAAAGAUUAUUCCGCUACUACUUGAAUGGUGUGGAUGCAUUACGACUGAAGCUGUGGUUACGAUAGACUUGUUGUGUACAGAAGUGUUGGUUAUGAACAGCAGUACUGUUUUAUUGUUUGAAGGAGUUGUGUGUGCAAAGGGGAAAUAUAAUUGGAUAAUUUAUUUUGCAUCAUGCAUGUAUAUAUAUAUAGUUACCAGAGAGACUGUAUGUUUGGUUUAUGAGCAACAGUAGGUAUAUAGGUGGAUGUUGAACCAAGGACCAUUACCUCUUUCUUGUGUUCAGUGAAUGUAAUGUGUUAUUUGUCAUUUACCAUCGUGUGGUUAAAAUAGGCAGACUAUACAGACAAAAGUCAGUCGUGUGGUUAUAAUAGGCAGACUAGACAGACAAAAGUCAGUUGUGUGGUUAUAAUAGGCAGGCUAGACAUACAAAAGUCAGUCGUGUGGUUAUAAUAGGCAGACUAGACAUACAAAAGUCGGUCGUGUGGUUAUAAUAGGCAGACUAGACAGACAAAAGUCAGUUGUGUGGUUAUAAUAGGCAGACUAGACAUACAAAAGUCAGUCGUGUGGUUAUAAUAGGCAGACUAGACAGACAAAUGUCGGUCGUGACGUUAUAAUAGGCAGACUAGACAGACAAAAGUCAGUCGUGUGGUUAUAAUAGGCAGGCUAGACAGACAAAAGUCGGUCGUGUGGUUAUAAUAGGCAGUCUAGACAGACAAAAGUCGGUCGUGUGGUUGUAAUAGGCAGUCUAGACAGACAAAAGUCUGUAUUUAGCCUCCUACUUUUAUACUCAUUCUAUCAUUUUUUAAAUUAUUAAAUAUUUUGUUCUGAACCAAACAUAAUUAAAAAAGUUUUAUCAAGUUAGAUUCAUCAUCAACAGCAGCUGAUAGCCUCGUUUUUUGUGACAGUUUGUCGAUGCAUCAUAAAGGGAUACUGAUUCUUGCCUAAAGAAAGUCAUUAGAUGUUGAACUGCCAGUGUGAGUGACGUUAUUGUGAUCACCAGUUUGUAUAUAUGGCCUCCAUUACACUAGAAAGUCAACCAAUCAAGUGCUUUGUGAUGAAAAAUGGUACUGGAAAUAUACUUUCAUAUUUUUUAUACAAAGAUAAUAAUCAUUUUGUGUUUUGAAAUGUUAAAAGAGUUUCCUGAAAUUGUACCCUCAUCUGUUCAAUUCUGUGUUAUAAUUACUUUAGAAAAGUGUGAAAUGUCUACAUUAUUUUCAAAGUCCCAAGCAUGAAGAUUGGAGGAUGAUACAUUCAUCUGUUCAAUUUUUGGCCUUUCACAGCAUUGAAUGUGUGUAGAUAGAAGAGAUGCUUUAUGAAAGACUUCAAAAUUCACUUUGGUCUCUUUAGAAACUAAAAACAAAUGUAGUUAAAACAUUAUUUCUUUCCAUUUCAACAUUUAUAAUUAUCUGUCCUUGAAAAUAUUGUUUCAAAUUUGGAAGUUUGACAACCUACAUGUACAGGGCACGGCACAUUGAACUAUAACAGCGAGAUGUGCUGUUACUGUGAUCGGUGUGUCUAACAUCAUGUGAUCAGUGUCUAGCUCCUGUGAUCAGUGUCUAGCUCCUGUGAUCAGUGUCUAGCUCCUGUGAUCAGUGUCUAACACCAUGUGAUCAGUGUCUAACAUCAUGUGAUCAGUGUCUAGCUCCUGUGAUCAGUGUCUAGCUCCUGUGAUCAGUGUCUAACACCAUGUGAUCAGUGUCUAACAUCAUGUGAUCAGUGUCUAGCUCCUGUGAUCAGUGUCUAGCUCCUGUGAUCAGUGUCUAACACCAUGUGAUCAGUGUCUAACAUCAUGUGAUCAGUGUCUAGCUCCUGUGAUCAGUGUCUAGCUCCUGUGAUCAGUGUCUAACACCAUGUGAUCAGUGUCUAACAUCAUGUGAUCAGUGUCUAGCUCCUGUGAUCAGUGUCUAGCUCCUGUGAUCAGUGUCUAACACCAUGUGAUCAGUGUCUAACAUCAUGUGAUCAGUGUCUAGCUCCUGUGAUCAGUGUCUAGCUCCUGUGAUCAGUGUCUAACACCAUGUGAUCAGUGUCUAACAUCAUGUGAUCAGUGUCUAGCUCCUGUGAUCAGUGUCUAGCUCCUGUGAUCAGUGUCUAACACCAUGUGAUCAGUGUCUAACACCAUGUGAUCAGUGUCUAGCUCCUGUGAUCAGUGUCUUACACCAUGUGAUCAGUGUCUAACACCAUGUGAUCAAUGUCUAACAUUAUGUGAUCAGUGUCUAGCUCAUGUGAUCAGUGUCUAGCUCCUGUGAUCAGUGUCUAGCUCCUGUGAUCAGUGUCUAACACCAUGUUAUCAGUGUCUAACAUCAUGUGAUCAGUGUCUAGCUCCUGUGAUCAGUGUCUAGCUCCUGUGAUCAGUGUCUAACACCAUGUGAUCAGUGUCUAACAUCAUGUGAUCAGUGUCUAGCUCCUGUGAUCAGUGUCUAGCUCCUGUGAUCAGUGUCUAACACCAUGUGAUCAGUGUCUAACAUCAUGUGAUCAGUGUCUAGCUCCUGUGAUCAGUGUCUAGCUCCUGUGAUCAGUGUCUAACACCAUGUGAUCAGUGUCUAGCUCCUGUGAUCAGUGUCUAGCUUCUGUGAUCAGUGUCUAACACCAUGUGAUCAGUGUCUAACAUCAUGUGAUCAGUGUCUAGCUCCUGUGAUCAGUGUCUAGCUCCUGUGAUCAGUGUCUAACACCAUGUGAUCAGUGUCUAACAUCAUGUGAUCAGUGUCUAGCUCCUGUGAUCAGUGUCUAGCUCCUGUGAUCAGUGUCUAACACCAUGUGAUCAGUGUCUAACAUCAUGUGAUCAGUGUCUAGCUCCUGUGAUCAGUGUCUAGCUCCUGUGAUCAGUGUCUAACACCAUGUGAUCAGUGUCUAACAUCAUGUGAUCAGUGUCUAGCUCCUGUGAUCAGUGUCUAGCUCCUGUGAUCAGUGUCUAACACCAUGUGAUCAGUGUCUAACACCCUGUGAUCAGUGUCUAGCUCCUGUGAUCAGUGUCUAGCUCCUGUGAUCAGUGUCUAACACCAUGUGAUCAGUAUCUAGCUCCUUUGAUCAGUGUCUAGCUCCUGUGAUCAGUGUCUAACACCAUGUUAUCAGUGUCUAACACCAUGUGAUCAGUGUCUAGCUCCUGUGAUCAGUGUCUAGCUC